AUGCGUCAAGUACGAUGUGCCCUACGGAGUGGGGAUUGUGGUGUCUCACAGGUCCCGUUUAGUGCUGAAGCCGUCGAGCUACCAAGCGCGGACCCAGCUUUAAUCUCCGUGUUUUGUGUCUUUGUGGCGGUCUGCUUUUUGUUCAUUCUGCGUCGGUUUUCAGAAUUCAUUUCUGUCAUGGCUACUGCCGUUCUCGAUCAACCGGUUCUUCGCUUUCGUAAAGUCUCUAACCUCGCUUACACCCCUACCCGCGGCUCUGAGUUGGCAGCCGGCUACGACCUCUACAGCUCUGUUGACUGUGUAGUUAAAGUUGGCGGCCGUACGCUGAUCAACACAGACAUUCAGAUCGCUUUGCCCCCCGGCUGCUAUGGUCGGAUAGCUCCCCGCAGUGGAUUGGCUCUGAAGCAUGGCAUCGACGUGGGUGCCGGAGUUGUAGAUCAGGACUAUCGUGGCAAUAUCAUGGUGAUCCUUUUCAAUUUUGGUGACGAAGACUUCCACGUCAAACGGGGUGACCGGAUCGCUCAACUUAUCUGCGAGCGCAUCUUCAUACCCUCUCUAAAGGAAUGCCAGACUCUGGAUGAAACAAAACGCGGUGCCAAUGGAUAUGGCUCUACCGGCGUGUGA